ACCCAUCUUCUCUCUCGUUUAUUUGGUAAGAGAUUACAUCCUGAUCAAGUAUCUCAUGGCGUAUUAUAGUGGAUGAAUGUUGGAGAGAAGAUGAAUGUCUUUUCCGUUAUUCUGGCAACCUGUCUAGUAGGACUAUGCCGUUGCAGAAACUCAAGACUUCCCACUGACAGAUUCAUUAUCGAGAUUCUAGACGACUAUGCAGAGGAUGAAAUAGUGACCAGUGAUUUUGUAGAGGAGACAGAGACGCACAAAUCUACCGCAUGGACUGGAAAGAAACUGGUCUGGGAUAUGGCCAACGGAACUGUCUAUGAAGCGGAGUAUACACCAUCUUUGGCUCGUAGGCGUAACGAUGAAAAGGUAGAAGAUGUGGCAGUGGACGAUUCUAGGGUACUAACUCACUCUAGACACACUACUACUUUGGAUCUUGCCAAUCCAGAUAAGGAUGAGUGCGAAUUCUUCGAGUAUCCUUUUGCUGGUAAUGUGAUAAAGCUGAUUGUUCCAAAGAAGAACACUACAGUUAUAAGGUUAGUAGAUGGUGAGAAAGAAAUCUGGAUUCCAUCUACUGGAGAAACAUUUGACCAUACUAAAGUCUAUCUUAACAAGGAUGGUACUCCUGAACUAGUACUUGUAGUAACUAAGAGAGCUGAUACUUCCAAGGAAACUUACCUGGAGCUUAAGGAUGGUAAAUGGAAAUCUUGCACUAAUCAUGAAGAAAAGAUGAGAAUUUUAAUGGCGCCAGCGGAAUGGAUAUCAAACUUUGAACUUGACCUUGCAUUAGCCAAUAGCACUGACGAAUGCAGUAGCUUUGAAGUAGAUCUCCUUGGAGUUACUACUAAACACUUUUAUCCUAAGCCUGGCCAUGUCGCUAUACAAGUAAAGGAUGGUAACGAGGAACUAUGGCAUGCAGGAAAACACGUAAGUAGAUAUGGAGGACGUAUAAUAGGAAUGUUCGGUGGAUAUGAUGAUUAUUGUCGUUAUUGUCUUAUUUACAGGAAAGGUGAUAAGGAACUACUGGAGAUUGUUACGGUAGAGAAUCUAUCAAGGUGGUGGAAGUACUUUGAAAAGAACGCUGAUGGUAAAUGGACUUCAAUGACUGAGAAGAAUGACUUUUUAAGGAAGCUUCAGGAAAUGAGAAAGUCUGUAUCACCUCCUAAUCCUUCUUCUACUACUACUCCAUCUUAA